AUGUUGAGACGCCACUUUCUGACCCUGCUGCCGCGGCUCGCCAAGAUCAAAGUCGCCAACCCCGUCGUCGAGCUCGACGGCGACGAAAUGACCCGGAUCAUCUGGCACUACAUUCGGGAGAAGUUGAUUUUGCCCUACGUCGACGUCGACUUGAAGUACUAUGAUUUGGGGGUUAUGGCUCGUGACAAGACCGACGACCAGAUCACUGUUGACGCUGCUAACGCCAUUAAACAGUACGGUGUCGGGGUUAAGUGUGCCACCAUUACUCCCGACGAAGGCCGCGUCGCCGAAUUUGGCCUUAAAAAGAUGUGGUUGAGUCCCAACGGUACCAUCAGAAACAUCUUGGGAGGUACGGUGUUCCGGGAACUGAUCAUUAUCCCGAGAAUCCCCCGGUUAGUACCUGGUUGGGAAAAGCCCAUUGUCAUUGGCCGUCACGCUUUUGGCGACCAGUACCGCGCUACCGACAUGGUGAUCAGCGAACCGGGUAAGUUGGAGGUGACUUUUACGCCUGCUAACGGCGGUGAGCCCGUUACUCGCACCGUUUACGACUACAAAGGCCCCGGUGUCGGUCUUGCCAUGUACAACACCGACGAGCUGAUCACGGGGUUUGCCCACUCGUCGUUCAAGAUGGCGCUUCUGCAGCUGUUGCCCCUCUACUUGCUGACUAAAAACACCAUUUUGAAGAAAUAUGACGGCCGGUUUAAGGACAUUUUCCAAGAGAUUUAUGAGAAGGACUACAAGCAGCAGUUUGACGCCAAGGGCAUCUGGUACGAGCACCGCUUAAUCGACGACAUGGUGGCCCAGAUGAUCAAGCUGAAGGGCGGCUUCGUCAUGGCCCUCAAGAACUAUGACGGCGACGUGCAAUCGGACAUCGUGGCGCAAGGGUUCGGCUCCUUGGGGUUGAUGACGCUGGCGCUUAUGACUCCUGACGGCAAGGCGUACGAGCUGGAGGCCGCCCACGGCACCGUCACCCGCCACUACCGUCAAUACCAACAGGGGAAGGAGACGUCGACGAACUCGAUCGCGUCGAUUUUCGCCUGGACCCGCGGUUUGAUCCAGCGGGGGCAAGUGGACAACACUCCCGACGUCGUCACCUUCGGCAAGACCCUCGAGGACGCCACCGUGGCCGUGGUCCAGGACGACGGCGUCAUGACCAAGGACUUGGCGUUGGCGUGUGGCCGCACCGACCGGGCGCUGUACGUGACCACCGAGGAGUUCUUGGACGCCGUCAACGACAAGUUGAAGCUGAAGAUGGCCGUGUGA